GCCCUUUGUAUGUGGAAGAAAAGCAGGAAAAGAACCCACACGUCUGAGGACAUGCCUGGCCAUGUUUUUCGGUGUGUACAGCAGGAGAUAAAAGGCUCUGGUCCUGAAAGCUUGUAUUACCACUGAGAGAAAAGAGGAACACUGGAGAGAUGUCGUACUACCUCUUCUUGUCAGCAGAGACAUGGACCCUGCUGGUUGCCCUCAUCACACUGUUGUUUGUGUAUUCCUGCUGGACACAUGGGACAUUUAAGAAAUUAGGCAUCCCUGGUCCCUCACCUGUCCCUCUUUUUGGCAAUAUGUUGGCAUAUAAAAAGGGAUUUUUUAACUUUGAUGAAGAGUGCUAUAAGAAAUAUGGGAAAAUGUGGGGCAUCUUUGAUGGUCGUCAGCCCGUGCUGUGCAUCACUGAUCCUGCCAUGAUAAAAACUAUACUGAUAAAGGAGUGUUACUCUUUCUUCACCAACCGCAGGAAUUUCCAUCUGAAUGGGCCACUGUACGAUGCUGUCAACAAUGCAGAGGAUGAUCAGUGGAGGAGGAUCCGCAGUGUCCUUUCUCCUUCCUUUACCUCUGGGAGACUGAAAGAGAUGUUUGACAUUAUGAAGCACCAUUCAGCCAACCUGAUCAGCAGCAUGAAAAAGAAAGCAGAUAAAGACGAACCUCUGGAGCUGAAAGAGUUCUUCGGACCCUACAGUAUGGAUGUAGUAACCAGCACUGCCUUCAGUGUGGACAUUGACUCACUCAGCAACCCCUCAGACCCUUUUGUCACUAACCUCAAAAAGAUGCUGAAGUUUAACAUUUUAGGCCCCGUCUUCCUCACCAUUGCCUUCUUUCCCUUCAUGGGUCCCAUAAUGGAAAAGCUGGGUUUUUCUUUUUUCCCUACAUCUGUGACAGACUUCUUCUACACUGCACUACAGAAAAUCAAGUCUGAUCGUGAGACCACCAAGCAAAAGACUCGAGUGGACUUCCUCCAGCUAAUGAUUGACUCUCAGCAAAACAAUAACUCCAGUGGUGAAGGACAGGAUAAAGGUGAUACACAGCAAUGCAUCUUCACACAUGGAAACACAGCUUACAGCUGUUCUAAAGGAUACAUCCCUCCUAUCUCCCCAGGUCUGACUGAUCAUGAGAUCCUUUCCCAGGCGAUGAUUUUCCUCUUUGCUGGCUAUGAAACAACCAGCAGCUCUCUCACUUUCUUAUCUUACAAUUUGGCAACAAACCCUCAGGUGAUGAAAAAGCUGCAGGAGGAGGUGGAUGCAACCUUCCCUAACAAGGCUCCUGUUCAGUACCAGGCACUAAUGCAGAUGGAGUACCUUGACUCUGUCAUCAAUGAGUCUCUCCGAGUGUACCCCAUUGCUACACGUUUGGAACGUGUGGCCAAGGCAAGUGUGGAGAUAAAUGGCUUUGUGAUUCCCAAAGAUAUUGUUGUCAUGGUACCCAUCUGGCCACUGCACCGGGACCCUGAGAUUUGGCCUGAACCAGAGAAAUUCAAACCUGAGAGGUUCAGCAAGGAAAACAAGGGGACAGUCAAUCCAUACACAUACAUGCCUUUUGGAGCAGGUCCAAGGAACUGCAUUGGGAUGCGAUUUGCUCUGAUACUGAUGAAACUUGCAAUAGUGGAGAUCCUCCAGAGGUACAGCUUCUCUGUGUGUAAGGAGACCGAGAUCCCCAUUGAGCUGGAUGUCCAGGGCCUGCUACACCCAAAACGAUCACUCAAACUGAAGCUGGUGUCACGCUCUUAACCUUCCUGCUCUAAGAUGAAAGUUUGUCAUUUUAAUUGUGCCAGUUCUUGUACUGAUACAAGUGUGUAUUUUCCUUUCUGAACUGAGUGACAGAUGAACCUUUGUUAAACCUGAAAUAACUGUCAUGAAUGUGUAGACUUUCAGCACUAAUCUGUGCUGUCAUUUUGAUGUACUACAAACAAAAGCAUCCAUCCAUCCAUCCAUUCGCUUCCGCACAUCCUGUUAAGGGUCGCGGGGGGGCUGGAGCCU